CGGGGCUGACCCCGCGGGGACUGGGCGGAGAGGGGCGGCCGGGUGCGCGGAAGCUGUCCCGUGUUGCUAAGGAAGGAGUAAGAGCCGCAGGUUGCUUGUCGUGCUGGGGUUGCCGCGGGGGGGAGGUGUGGGGGAGUAUGAGGUUGUUAUGGGACAACUGGCAGCUUUGGGGCAAGUGGCACCGAGGACGGGGCGACCAGAUGUCAAGAAGAGAGAAGGGUGCCUUGAGUCACCCUGAAGAGCCGCUUAAAGUUAUGAAGACAGCAUGGAGUUCCCUGACCACAGCCGGCAUUUACUACAGUGUCUGAGGGAACAGAGGCAUCAAGGUUUCCUUUGUGACUGCACUGUUCUGGUAGGAGAUGCCCAAUUUCGAGCACACAGAGCUGUACUGGCUUCAUGCAGCAUGUACUUCCACCUAUUUUACAAGGACCAGCUGGACAAAAGAGACAUUGUUCAUCUGAACAGCGACAUUGUUACAGCCCCAGCUUUCGCUCUCCUACUUGAAUUCAUGUAUGAAGGGAAACUCCAAUUCAAAGAUUUGCCCAUUGAAGACGUGCUCGCAGCUGCCAGUUACCUUCACAUGUACGACAUUGUUAAAGUUUGCAAAAAGAAACUAAAAGAAAAAGCCACCACUGAGGCAGACAGUACUAAAAAGGAAGAAGAUGCCUCAAGUUGUUCGGACAAAGUGGAGAGUCUUUCUGACGGCAGUAGCCACAUUGCAGGAGACAUACCCAGUGAUGAAGAUGAAGGGGAAGAUGAAAAACUGAGCAUCCUGCCCAGCAAAAGGGACUUAACAUCUGAGCCUGGAAACAUGUGGAUGAGAUUGCCCUCGGACUCCGGAAUGAUUCCCCAGAGCGGUGGGGAACCAGACACACAUGCAACAGCAGCUGGGAAAACAGUAGCCAGCCCCUGCAGCUCAACAGAGUCUUUGUCCCAGAGGUCUGUCACCUCCAUGAGGGAUUCAACAGAUGUUGACUGUGUCCUGGACUUGUCUGUGAAGUCAAGCCUUUCUGGAGUUGAGAAUUUGAACAAUUCGUAUUUCUCUUCACAGGAUAUGAUGCGAAACAACUUGGUGCAGGUGAAGGUGGAAAAAGAGGCAUCCUGUGAUGAGAGUGAUGUUGGCACUAAUGACUAUGACAUGGAGCAUAGCACUGUGAAAGAAAGUGUGAGCACUAAUAACAGGGUACCAUAUGAGCCAGCCCAUCUGGCUCCUAUGAGAGACGAUUCUGUUUUGAGGGAACUAGAUAGAGAGGACAAAGCCAGUGAUGAUGAAAUCAUAACUCCAGAGAAUGAGAGAGUUCAGGUGGAAGGGAGCAUGGACAGCAGUCUGCUCCCUUAUGUCUCCAACAUACUUAACCCUGCAGGUCAAAUUUUUAUGUGCCCCCUCUGCAACAAAGUCUUUCCUAGUCCCCACAUCCUGCAGAUUCAUUUAAGUACGCACUUUCGAGAGCAGGACGGGAUCCGCAGUAAGCCUGCCGCUGAUGUCAAUGUCCCAACCUGUUCCUUGUGUGGUAAGACUUUUUCUUGCAUGUACACUUUGAAACGUCAUGAGAGGACUCAUUCAGGUGAAAAACCAUACACUUGUACUCAGUGUGGAAAGAGCUUCCAGUAUUCCCACAAUCUGAGCCGCCAUGCCGUAGUUCACACACGGGAGAAGCCACACGCUUGUAAGUGGUGUGAGCGGAGGUUCACCCAGUCUGGAGACCUUUACAGGCAUAUUCGGAAGUUUCACUGUGAACUAGUGAACUCGUUGUCUGUCAAAAGUGAAGCACUGAGCUUACCUACUGUCAGAGACUGGACAUUAGAAGAUAGCUCUCAAGAACUUUGGAAAUAGAAUUUUAUAUAUAUAAUUAAUAUAUAUAUAUAUAAAUAUAAAUAAAUCUAUAUAGUUGUGGUACAGUCUAAAAGCAGUCUUGUUUCCUUAAACUAACAAAGUUUGGCCAUUAGCUUGUUUUAUGCACUUUAAAGCAGCAUGAACAUUUCACUACUUAGUGUUCUGAUAAUGAACUAUAGAAAUAAGACAAAUAAACUUCAUAAAACCUUCCCGUCUCCCCACCAAGUAAGUACUUCUUUUAAAAAUAACUGCAAUUGAACCAGAGCGAUUGUUAGCGUCUAUUUAACAUUAUUUACAACAUUGCAUCAUUUCAAUCUCCACUUAAAUCAGUAGUCUCCAGGUGUUUUUUUUUAUCACUUUAGUUAAAUUUUUUAUACUGCAUGCAUCUUUUCUAGCUCAGGGAAACCUGAAUGCUUUUAGACCCAAGCGAUAUGAUUUCUAAAUGACUGGAGUAUCAAUUUUUCAAAAGUGAUUGUUAUUAUGUUGUAAUUUGUAAACUACAAAAGUUCCCACAAUGAAAAAAGAAUUUUUGAAAAUACACUGGAAUCACGGGGACUCUGAAAGUGUGCUUGGGAUGAAAAGAGGAUGUUGCAUUUUCAGCAGUUGUAAACUGCAUUUAAAAUGUGAAUUACUGUUAUAUACUGUAAUUGAUUAAAAGGGUUGGGGGGUGUCAAAGAAAUUGACAAGUUGUGUUAAUGCUCUAAGUUGAGUCUUGGAAAGUAAAUAUUAAUGCUACAGAAAUGCAUGCAUUUCGGUAUAUUUUUGUCUUUGUUUGCAUUGUAUAACUUUAAUGAGUGAUUUUAAAAACUUAUUUAAUUUUUAGUAAGAAAAAGCACCAGGAAAAAAAACCUGGUGUUAUGAAGAACAUAAAUGCACUGCUUUUAUUUUAUAUAAUUUAAAUUAAUUGCCCAUUGUCUUUAAGUUGAACAAACGCUAUAUGUUGAUUUUAGCUAUGUAAAGGAAGAUAGUAAUGUUUACAGACUUAGAGAUUUGCAUGUGCAGUGAACAUUUAUUUAAAAAAUGAUUGCACAAACCCAUGCCAGCUCCAACCUUAGAUGAAUAUACUUAACCCAUGUGAGCAUUUUUAGAAUUCCUGCUGCACAAAUAAACAAUAGGUGUUCAUUUUAUUCACCCCUUCAAAAGAUUCUAUGGAGUGAAAAAGCCCCAGGCUAAAAGAACUAAAAACCUUGAUUGACAUGGGACAGGGUGGGGAGGUGGUGGGAGAAAAGUUGGGGGAGGGUUUGUGAACUGUGUAUCCAAACAGCAAACACUGCAGCCUGACGUGUGGUUUUAAUGAUCAACACAUAGGGCAAAAGCAUUUUGCACAGUGUUUGUUUUCCUGUCUUGCACUUACAAAUAAGGUCUAUGAGAGUAGCAUGGAAAAUGUUUUUUUUUUUCUGCUUUUGUUUAGAAUUUGAUCGCCUUAACUACUGUAAACAUAGCCUAUUUUUGUGCUUAAGAAACUGAAUGGAAAACUCCAUUGUGUAUUGCUGGACUGUUUUGGAAAUAUUUUGGUCAAAUGUAUAUUAAUUUGGCUGUAAUGGCAUUUAAAACAAAAAAAGCUGUGAAAAUGGCCUUGGAGCAUUAUUUUUAGUUACUUGAACAUUCUCUAGGUUUUAAAAAAUCAUUGUUUUUAUUUAGAAAAGACAAUCAGUGUCUGAAAAAAAUGGACUACUUAUGCUUUUUUAUUCUUUUGUGGACAUGAGUGAUUGUUGGGGGGGUUAGGUUGCCCUUUAGUUUCACAUUUUUUUUACUUUUUGGUUUUAAAAAUUAGACUGACAUCUAGCCUUGACAAUCAUAGUAUGUUUUAUUUUCAUGAGGGGGAGGGGAAUAACUUAUAAUGCUGUUUAGUUUUGUACUAUUGGUGUGUUGGUGAAUUUUUAAAUUGUGUGCUAACUGCAAUAAAUUAUACAUACUGAGAAAUCAUUUAGUUGUCUUCUCCCCUUUUUAAAAGAAAAAAAAUUGUAAAAUGUUGUACAUACUUAAUCUUUUUCUGCAGUUUCCUCUUGCUGUAUGGAAUAAGCUUGCAGUUUGAAAGGGAUCUCAAGCAAAAUGGUUUCCAUUAAGCAAAUGCUACUAAUGCUGUAUUUCUUAAAAAAAAAACCCUGAUCAUAGCAACUAUUUUUUUCCCUACAGGUUCCUAAAUAAAAAGCUAGGGUAAGUAAUAUUCUGAGUUUUAUGGAAGCACAAACUUCAAAGUCCAAAUGUAAAUUCUGCAUCUAUAUCUAAUUAAUAUUAAUGUGAAAAUAAGAAUGGGGCAAAGGGGAAAAAUGGCAGUUUGAAGAAAUGACUGUAUAGUGAGGCAGCUACAAAACUAAAAUAAUAGUUAUUCCAAAUCACAUGCACGCAAAUUAUAUCAGUAGAUGGUCGGCUUGUUUUUCUUUCAUAGAUGCACUUAUUCCUGCCAGAGCAACUUAUAAGUAGCCUUUAAUUUGACAGACUAGUUUCUUAGGAUGUUCCCAAUGAAAGCUCUGCAAUAUAAUUUUCAGUUUGGAUCAAAACAAAUGUACACAUCAACCAGUGAGCCUAAUCUCUAUUAUUUACAAGAUGGUUCAUAACAAUAUUGACAAAUUAAAUACCCACAAAUGAUCUCAUUCAUUUAAUGCAACAUCCAUAGAGUUUAAUAGUUCACUUUGUGAUAGAUUGGUCUCACUAUUGAUGGAUAUUUUUAAAAUGCAUGACAGACAUAAAAAAAACCUUCAUAUCACAAGGUUGGAUACAUCUGAAAACUUCAUUUUUGGGCUUUGGGCUUGCUUUUUGUGAAUUUUAAGGCAAUGUACAGAAAAUAAAAUUCAGAUUGUCAUUUCCCCAAUAA